UUUAGUAGUGUGGCAGUGUAAUGGCGUGACAGUUUUAGUAGUGUGGUAGUGUAAUGGUGUGACAGUUUUAGUAAUGUGGCAGUGCAAUGGUGUGACAGUUUCAGUAGUGUGACAGUGUAGCGGUGUGACAGUUUAGUAGUGUGGCAAUGCAGUGGUGUGACAGUUUAGUAGUGUGGCAGUGUAGUGGUGUGGCAGUUUAAUAGUGUGGCAGUGUAAUCGUGUGUUUAGUAGUGUGGCAGUGCAGUGGUGUGGCAGUUUAGUAGUGUGGCAAUGUAGUGGUGUGACAGUUUAGUAGUGUGGUAAUGUAGUGGUGUGGCAGUUUAGUAGUGUGGCAGUGUAGUGGUGUGGCAGUUUAUUAGUGUGGCAGUGUAGUGGUGUGGCAGUUUAGAAGUGUGGCAGACGCAGUAUAGUGGUGUGACAGAUUGGCAGUGUGGCAAUGUAGUGGUGUGGCAGUUUAGUAGUUGAUAGGCUUUAAAGAUAACUUCUUAGUACAGCAAUUCUGAAACUGUGUUUUUCAGGUGAGCAUCAGAAUGGCAGCUGUAGUUGUGCUGGUGGCGCUGGUGAGGAAAUUGCCAUCUGCCACUGCUCUGGGUGUUCCCUGGUUCCAUUCUCCUCCAGGAGAGCAGCAGCAGGAAGACGUUGUUGGUCUCUUUGGGGAGGUGGCUGGCGGCCGGCUAGCUGCCUGUCAUUCCAUCAUUCUCACACGGGUUCCUGAUUCACCUCAUCUUUAUAGUGUUCUUAUUGCUCUGCAGCAAACCAUGACACAAACCUUUCUGCUCUACGACGUAGAGACCUUCCUGAAGAGUUCCCCGCCCCAGGUACCCCUUCUCCGUCACCCUCCCACACACUCCGAUGGAACGUACUGUGUCGCUUACUAUAUCCUUGCUCCAGUCACCUUCCUCGCUCUGGCUCUUCCAACCAUUCCCAAAACAAACUGGUUCAAGGGCGCCACCAAGUACUUCGUGUGUUACACUGGGAGGAGUCUGAGCUUGAGGGCCCUAGAGGAGGAACCUUUGUUGCUUGCUUCUUCAAACACCCUCUAUGUGAGCCCUAACCAACACCACGAUACCAAGAAACCCACGUCUUGGGCCCUUCACCUGCUCUCUAACUGUCCUUUCUGUCGGAGAGGAGAACCCGAGAUCAUCCUUCGCAACCGCUGGAGUCCUGGACGUGGCUUUCAAAAUCACUCUGACCUCUUCCCUGACCUGUACCAAGACUGCAACGGCCACAUCUUCAAAGCUGUGGCACUCGACUUCCCUCCCUUCAGUCAAUACUCCUCAGGCAACUCCACUCACCCCCUAGCGAUGGAGGACUGCCUUGACAAGCGCAUCGUUGACACUAUAGCAGAGGUUCACAAUUUUACUUACCAGGUUUGUCGUCUAGCUGUAAUUGGUAUCCAUUUCAUUUGGUAUCUUCCUUACAGUGUUGCAGUUCAUAUAGCUUUGAAGCAACUUUUUUGUUAUUGUAGUCAGCCUAUAUCCUAAUGACUACAGUUGCAAAGCUUACCAGAUAUACCUUCAGAAAUAAUUGAAGGAUGUUUUAACUAACACUAACAGAUGUUGUCACUGCUAGACUAAGGUUAGUGUAUAAGUAUCUUUGACAGUUCAGUUUGUUUGAAGAUGUCAGUCACAUAAAAUGUAGUGGGUGGAUGAAGACUGGGCCACACUUUUAUCUUAUAGCGUCCAACCAUUUAAAGAUUUAGACACUUUUAAACAAACCCCUAAAGGAAGUGGCUAAGAGCUUUGUUGUUAAUAAGAUAUCUGAAUUACUGAGAUUGUAUCCACAUUUUGCAUAAGGGAAAUGAUUAGGUAUAUGAAGAAAAUGUAUUAUAUGACUGUAAUACCUAAAUAAUGGGAGCUACCACUCACAGGAUGAAUUACAAGUGCACAAUAAACUAGCCGCUCAGGUGGCACAAAGUAACUACAUAGUAAGUGAAGUUUUUUUUGGAAAUAGACAUAAGUGCAGUUAUAUCGAAGCUUCAUUGAUGAUGUGUUGACAUGCAGUGACUAGCAGAUCACAGAUAUGACCUGUAUUUGACUAGUU